GCUCAGAUAUCUCGGUUCUCUCGCGAUAAGACGACCGUGGUCGUUUCGUAAAAAUUUUUUUUUUCCUUAAAAAAAAAAUUUUUUUUUAUUUUCAUUUUUUUUUUUUAUUAAAGAAAAAAAAAAUUUUUAUUUUCAUUCCUUUUUUCAAACCGUGAUGUGCUAGUGUGUUGGUAAUGGCGAGUUUAAUAAAUUCAACUGCUACACUAAUUGGUGAUGCGUAUGAUUUUUAUUUGUGGGCUCUUUCAAUCUCAGAUGAGAGAACGAAAGGAUGGCUGCUGGUGGACUCACCAGUGCCGACGUUAUUUUUUACGGUGAUAUAUUUAAUGAUUGUGUGGUCGGGACCCAAGUUGAUGAGAAAACGGAAACCGUUUAAAUUAACAUGGAUAUUAGUACCAUACAAUUUUGCAAUGGCAGCUUUGAAUGCGUAUAUUGCUAUUCAACUCUUCGUAGCUUCAUUUAAAUUAAGCUAUAGUUAUAUAUGUCAGCCAAUUAGAAAUGUGUGGAAAGCCGAAGAAUUGCAAAUUGCAAAUGCAAUAUGGUGGUAUUACUUUAGUAAAUUAUUAGAAUUUUGCGAUACAAUUUUCUUUAUCUUGCGUAAAAAAGACAAUCAAUUAAGUUUCUUGCAUGUUUAUCAUCAUUCGACAAUGUUCUCAUUAUGGUGGAUUGGUAUCAAAUGGGUUCCAAGUGGUUCUACAUUUUUGCCAUCGAUGGUUAAUAGCUUUAUCCACGUGUUGAUGUACUCGUACUACGGAUUGGCGGCAUUUGGACCUGAAGUUGCUAAAUAUUUAUGGUGGAAAAAGUACUUAACGAUAUUACAGCUGAUACAAUUCACAAGUGCAUUGAUCCUUGGCGUUAAUGGUAUUAGAUCGGGAUGCGAAUUUCCACUAUGGAUGCAGUAUGCACUCAUUGUAUAUAUGAUCUCAUUUAUUGUAUUAUUUGGUAAUUUCUAUGCUAAGGCAUAUAUAGCUAAGGGCAAAAAGGCAUACGCUGAGCACAAAAAAGUUACAAUAAAUGGACGACAAAACGGCGUUAAUGGAGUUAAAAAAGUUCAAUAAAUAAAACAAAAAAAAUAUAAAUAAUAAGUAAUUAAUAAGAAGAUUAAUAUAUAGGUAAAAAUCUAAAAUAAAAUAAAUGAUUGGUAA